AUGGAUCCUGCAAUGAUUUUCUUCUUGCUUCUUUUACUUCUCCCACUUUACCUUCUCCUGAGCCAUAAAAGACCAAAAGGGCUUCCACCAGGUUCUUUGGGAUUGCCCAUCGUAGGCCAAAGUUUGAGCUUCCUCCGUGCUAUGCGCGAAAACACAGCAGAACAAUGGCUUCAGAAUAGAAUAGACAAAUAUGGCCCCAUCUGGAAAAUGAGCCUCUUUGGGAAACCGACAGUGUUCCUGUGUGGACAGGCAGCAAACAAGUUCAUCUACACUUGUGAUGGUACCAAACUUGCCAGUCAGAAACCAUUAUCGGUAAGGAGGAUUUGUGGAGAUAAGAAUAUCCUUGAAUUAAGUGGCCAUGAGCACAAGCGUGUGAGAGGUGCACUUGUAUCGUUCUUAAAGCCUGAAGCGUUGAGGCAAUACGUUGGUAAGAUGGAUGAAAGAGUCAGAAAGCAUUUGGAGAUGCAUUGGCAUGGCAAGCAGAAGGUUUCGGCAAUGCCAUUGAUGAAGAUCCUUACCUUCAACAUUAUGAGCUCACUGAUAAUGGGAAUAGAAGAAGGUGCAAAACGUGACAUGCUUGUAGGGCUCUUCCAACAACUGAUCAAGGGUUCUCUAUCCGUACCAAUCAAUUUUCCCUUCACACGCUUCAGUCGUAGCCUGCAAGCAAGUAGAAAAAUAAGGAUGAUCCUCGCGGAUCUUAUACGUGAAAGAAGGGCUGCGCAGAAGGAGCAAACUGCCUUUCCUCAACAAGAUCUUAUCACCACCUUGCUUAAUCUCAGAAAUGAGGACUCUUCAGCGGCUUUAUCUGAUGAGGAAAUUGUAGAUAAUGCUAUCACUAUAAUGAUAGCAGGACAUGACACGAUCUCUGUCCUCCUUACCACAUUGAUUAGACACUUAGCAAAUGAUCAAGCUGUUUAUGCUGGGAUUGCUCAAGAACAAGAGGAUGUUGCCAAGAGUAGGGCCUCUGGAGAGCUUUUAACAUGGGAUGAUCUUGCAAGAAUGAAAUACACAUGGAGGGUAGCAUUGGAAUGUCUAAGGAUGUUCCCUCCUGUAUUUAACUCCUUUAGGAAGGUCCUUGAAGAUCUCGAAUAUAAAGGGUACCUUAUUCCCAAAGGAUGGCAGGUAACCUGGGCAGCCUCCAUGACACACAUGGAUGAGUCUCUCUUCCCAGAUCCAACGAAGUUUGAUCCAAACCAUUUCGAUACAAAAAUCCCCCCAUAUAGUUUUGUUGCAUUCGGGGGAGGAGCACGCAUAUGUCCUGGAUAUGAAUUUGCAAGACUUGAAACUCUGAUCACAAUACAUCACCUGGUGAACAGGUUCACAUGGAAGCUCCGUUGCCCAGACAUUUCUUUUUCCAGAGAUCCAAUGCCAACUUUCAAGGAUGGACUAGAGAUAGAAAUUGUCCCAAAGCUCUCUCUCAAAGUCAACUGAAUGCAUAAUCCAACAACUUGAUCAUCAUGUAAUUUACAGAUUCUACUUCUGGAUUGUUCAUCCG